AUGUCAUCCAAUUUCUCCUUCGAAUUGGGCGGGGCGCCGUACACCAUCCCCUCGCCCACAGAGAAUCCCAUCGCCUACGUCGCCACCGUCGUCCUGUUCAUCGUUCUGGCAUAUGCCCUCGGCGACCAUGGCGCCAAGUUACCCGAAAUCAACCCCCUCAAGCCGUUUGAGUUUUCCAACUCGCGCCGCAUCCUCGAGUUCUACCAGACAAGUAAGGAGCUCAUGCUCAAGGGCAGAGCCAAGUUUGGCGAGAACCCAUUCAGGCUCAUGACGGAAUGGGGCAAUGUCUUGGUCUUGCCCCCGACUUUCAUCCAGGAACUUCGCAGUGACCCAAACCUUUCUUUUGAUGAGCCGGCUAAAGAUGACUCCCACGGUUAUAUUCCAGGUUUCGAGCCCUUUGAUGGCGAUAAUUCGCUUUCAAGGGUCGUUACAAAGUAUUUGACCAAGGCUUUGACAAAACUUACGAAGCCCCUAUCCGAAGAAUCAACGCUCGUCCUCCGUCAUGUUCUCUCUGACUCGACUGAAUGGCACAAAAUCAGCCCCCAGGAAGAUAUCAUGCGCAUCGUUUCGCGCUUGUCUACUCGAGUCUUUGCGGGCGAGGAACUCUGCCGCAACGAAGACUGGGUCCGUGUCUCCUCAGACUACACCGCCGCCGCCUUUGGUGUAGGCUACGAAGUCGGCCAGUGGCCGCGCUGGUCCCGACCCUAUGUUCACUGGUUCCUCCCCGCCUGCUGGCGCGUCCGCUCCCUUCUGGCUGAGGCCCGCGCGACCCUCAAGCCGUACAUCCAGCGCCGAGACCGCAUCAAGGCCGAAGCCCUAGCGCGCGGCGAGACCAAGGACCUCUUUGACGAUGCCAUUGAGUGGUUCGAGAAGGAGUCCCCCGAGAAGCGUGACCAGGCUACGACGCAGAUCUCCUUGUCGCUCGUCGCGAUUCACACCACGACCGAUUUGCUUACGCAGACCAUGAUUGAUCUGGCGGAGCACCCUGAGCUGGUCCAGCCUCUUCGUGAUGAGCUUGUUCGCGUGCUUGGCGCCGAGGGAUUGAAGAAAACGGCGCUCUACAAUCUGAAGCUCAUGGACAGCGUCAUCAAGGAGUCCCAGCGCAUGAAGCCCGUCCUUCUCUCUACCUGGCGCCGCCUCGUCAAGAAGGACAUCACCCUCUCUAACGGCUUCGUCCUCCGCAAGGGCCUAAAGAUCAUUGCCACAAACGCCCACAUGUGGGACGCAAACUACUACGAGAACCCGGCCACCUACGACGGCUACCGCUUCCUCAACAUGCGCGGCACCAACGAGGAGAAGAACGCGCACCUCGUCAGCACCAGCGCCAAGCACCCCGGUUUCGGCCACGGACAGCACGCUUGCCCGGGACGCUUUUUCGCCGCCAACGAGGUCAAGAUUGCGCUGGCGCAUUUGCUGCUCAAGUAUGAUUGGAAGUUUCCUGAUGGGUUCAAGCCACAGUCGAUGCCGCAUGGCAUGGUUUUACUGCCUGAUCCUUCGGCGACGCUGUUGAUUCGUAGGCGGAAGGAGGAGCUUGAUUUGGAUUCUUUGGAAUGUUGA